AUGGGCAUAAUUUUCAGUGCCUUACUUGUCUGCAUAUGCUGGAAGUGCUUCAUAAUCCCUGAGGCCACUUCUGUGAUGCGAGCGGUCGUAGUUGAAGGAUUUAACGCACCGCCACGUCAGGGAUUUGCGCACAAUAAUGACCCAGCAUCCUCUGCUCAUGAAGUGUCCGAAGAAUCACCUUUUCCUCCGGAUGGGAUGCCUCCCGCAUCCAAUGUCGUCGAUAUCUCAACUGAAACUCGUAUAAACGAACAGUCAGAUAUGGACCAUGAUCCUGCAGAAAUCUUCUCUGCGUCGACCUCUUGCUCCAUGUCUGAGCAUAUGUUGAGCACCUCAGCUGGAUUGCACGCAAAAGAGGCCCAGCCUGAUGCCUUCUCCAACUUUCUGAACGAGCUUGUCUACACAGUUGCGGAGCUCCUGCCCGAUAGCGACCUGAUGAACUUCGCCUUACUAUCCCGUCGACUUCACUUCCUUGUGAUUCCCAUAUACUUACAUCUCCAGGGGUUUUGCAUACCCGAGGUCGAUGAACACCUGAGUCUGUCAGGACCGGUCAUCAUUACUGCUCUCAAAUUCUGGCGCUUCUCCUCGGUCUUCCAAUGUCCGCGCAUUCUAAGCAUUGCCAUCUCGGAUAGUCCGACCGAGUAUGAUCACUUGAGAUGCUUCUUUUCAUCCCUAGAUUGCACAUCUGCAUUGCAAACAGUCCAAUUUCGUCUAGCUUCACCUCCUGCAGCUGCACUCAUUGAGCUGUUGGAGACUCUUGGGGGCACUAGAGUUCAAAGGAUCGCGAUUUGGCAUUACAACAACAAGAUCUGCCAGCCUCCACGCAAAUGCGUGCUGCCUCCAACACAUCUCUCGUUACCCUCGUUGACGGUCUUUGAACCCUAA